AUGGGCGAAAAUCGUUAUUCAGUUGAUUAUGCUAAACUUGGAACAUCAGCAUGCAAAAAAUGUAAAGCAAAAAUUGCUAAAGGUGAAAUACGUAUCGCUAAAUUAACACCUAGUCCAUUUUCUGAAGGUGAUAUGAUGAAAAUUUAUCAUCAUGUACCAUGUAUGUUUGAUUCAUUUCUUCAUGCACGAGCAACAACAAAAAUUAUCGAAAGUUCAACUGAUCUUGAUGGAUGGAUAAAUAUAAGUCCACUUGAUAGAGAAAUUAUUUUAGAACAUAUUAAACAAGUUCAAGAAGCUAAAGUGAAUAAACCAACGGCUAAAUCACCAACAAAAAAACCAACAAAACCGAUCACUGCUGCUGUUCCAAAACCAACAAAACCGGUCACUGCUGCCGUUCCAAAACCAACAAGAGUUACACCAAUAAAGAAAGUAUUACCUCCAAUAGUAUCUGCUUCGAGUACAAACGAAGAUGAUGAUGAAGAUGAAAUAACAAUUGAUAAUGAUGAUAUUAAAGUUAUUGAUAAGAAAAAAUCGGUAGAAGAAAAAGAAGAUAGAAUAGAUAUAACAGCAACAACAAAUGGAGUUCAUAUUCCAAUAAAUGAUGAUCCGAAACAUCCAGAUAAUUCAUUUCGACAAUUUCGUGGUCUUUGCACAAAAAUUGCUGAAACAAGUGGACAUUUUGCUAAAACAUCUAUUGUUGAGCAAUUUAUUACUUAUGGUUGUGAUGGUGAAAGUUAUAAAGGUGAGAAUAUUAAUAAAAGUAAUUUAAGCCUAUUAAUUCAUCUUCUUUUACCAAGUAAAGGUUAUAAAUCAAUAAUUUAUAAUCUAAAAUCAAAACAAUUAUGUAAACUUUUUUCAAUAAUUUUUCAUGAAAAUGUAAUUGCAAUGAUUCAAAAAUGUGAAGAAAGUGGUGAUGUUGCUGAAACAAUAAGUGAUUUUUAUUCAACAUCAACGCAUGUAAAACCACCGCCAAAAACAAUGCUAUCGAAUUAUGAUGUUGAUAAUUAUUUACAUGAAUUAGGUCGAUUAACACGUGAACAAGAUCAAAUACAAUUAUUACGUAAAAUAACUGAAAAAUCAACUGUUAAUGAUUUACGUAUGUUUAUUCGUCUUAUUCAAAAAGAUCUUAAAAUUAAUGCUGGUCCAAAACAUAUUAUUGAUAGUCUUGGUUCAAAUGCUUAUGAUAGUUUUCAAGCAACAAAUGAUUUAAAAUCGUUUAUUAAACGUUAUUUAGAACAUAAAAAUUCUAUCGAUAAUGGUACACAACUUAAUAAACAACUAUCAAUUAAAAUUGAACUUAUGACACCAGGUUAG